AUGACUUCAAAGUGGUUAAGUGGAAGGCUGGAAAAAUCACUAAAAGAGAACCCAAAUAUGAAGUUGACUGAUUUGAAAAACAAAAUUGGGAGAAAAUGGAACAUUGGUGUUUCAAGAUCAACGGCCUUUAGGGCUAAGACUAUGGUAUACAAGAACAUUGAUGGGUCAUUCCAAGAACAAUAUAAACGUGUUUAUGACUAUGCACAUGAGUUGUUAAGGUCAAAUCCAGGUUCCACUGUCAAAGUCCAUGUUGAUGAGAAUGAGGGCAAUCCAAUUUUCAAACGACUAUAUGUAUGCCUCAAGGCUUGUAAAGAUAGCUUCUUUUGUUGUAGGCCUAUUAUUGGUGUAGAUGGUUGUUUUUUGAAGGGAAAAUAUGGGAGAGAACUGUUAACAGCUGUGGGCAGAGAUGGAAAUGACCAAAUGCUUCCAUUGGCAUACGCUGUGGUAGAAGUAGAGAACAAGGAAACAUGGACAUGGUUUCUUGAUUUGAUGAUAGAAGACCUAGGAGGAGCUGAAAUUUGUUCUAAGAUCACUUUCAUGUCAGACCAACAAAAAGGUCUGCUUCCAGCAUUGCAAGAACUGUUGCCUGGUGUGGACCAAAGAUUCUGUAAAUUACUCUGGAAAGCAGCAUAUGCCCUACACCCACAAGCAUGGGAGGCUGUGAUGAGGGAGAUUAAAGAGUUGAAUGCUGAUGCUUUUAAGCAUCUCAUACAGAUUCCCCCAAGAUUCUGGUCCAAGCCCAGAUUUACAUCAAGACCUGCGUCUGACACUGUUGUGAACAAUAUGUCUGAGGGUUUCAAUAGCACUAUAGUAGAUUCCAGGAGUAAACCCAUCAUAACCAUGAUGGAAGAAAUUCGAAUGUAUCUCAUGCAGAGAUGGGCUUCCAAUAGAAAGAAGGUAAAUGCAUUUCAUGGUUCUAUUUGCCCAAAAAUUCAAGAUAGACUGAACAAGGAAGCACAAAAGACCAAAUAUUGGUUACCAAGCCAUACUGCUAUGAUUGGGGAGAAAUAUGUGGUGGAUUUAGAUAAACAGGAGUAUAGCUGCAGGAAGUGGGCAAUAACAUCAAUUCCCUGCUGUCACGCAAUCACUGCCAUCCGAUUUAUGAAUUUGAAUGCAGAGGAUUACCUCCCACACUGGUUUCUGAAGUCAACAUACGAGGAGACCUAUUUGUCCCUCAUAUAUCCUAUUAAUGGACCUCAUCUGUGGGAGAUGACAUCUUAUGCUGAUGUGUUACCUCCUACUAAAAGAGUGCUGCCUGGAAGACCAAAAAAGAAACGAAGGCUGGAGUCGUGGGAGCUGAGGAAGGAUGACACCCAAGUCAGGCAAGGUGGAACCCGUAAAAGAUGUGCCAUUUGCAGAGCACUUGGACACAAAAGAAAUACUUGUCUGCAGGCACCUCCACCACAACAGCAACCAACUCCAACUGCUUAA